UUCUUUAUUUAUUUGUUUACCUCACAUCCAGAAGGCAGUGUUGCUAUUUAUUCGGCCACAUCACGAGGACGGGUGCAGCUCAUUUAUGGCGGUCAACCAUUCAUCUUUGAGAAAAUUUUGAAAUUAGCCACUGGGGAGGAAAAGAAAUUUUGGCGUUGUAAUCAAUGGUGGAACCAAAAAUGUCGCUCACGUGUCUAUACCAUUAAUGACAUAGUUAUGCCACUUAACCGCUACCAUACGCACGAAGAAAUCGUACGACGUAAGAAGCGUACACGUAGGAUACCACCGAGUGCCAAUGCUCAACCAAAGAAGGAAAAGAAAGUGGCGAUUACCGAAAGUUCGAGCGUAGAUGCGGUAGGCGUCACAACCACGGACCCCAUCGAUGUAUCUGAAUUAGGAAUGCACUUGAAAUAUGAAGAAAUCGUGGCAGAUGUUACGGAAAUAGAAGAGCCUAAUAUCGUUGUAAAAAAAAAUUUAAAGAAAUAA